AUGCCAUCGAGAUCCGUCUUCAUCGUCCUCUUCUCCUUCCUCAGCCUCGUGUCUGCCCAUACAGUCAUCACGUAUCCCGGUUGGAGAGGGGACAACUUACACUCGAAUGGCACCGUGGAAGAGACAACUGGUCUAGGAACAUAUGCCGAUGGAGAUGACUAUCUCUGGCCGUAUGGCAUGCAGUGGAUGUAUCCCUGCGGAGGCAUGCCGACAUCACAGAAUCGCACCAAAUGGCCUGUUAAAGGUGGUGCUGUCGCGUUCCAACCAGGCUGGUUCCCAGGCCACGGAACGGCGUUCAUAUACAUCAACCUUGGGCUAGGAACCGUCCCACCCAACAUGUCAUUUGUGAUGAUCAGUGGGAUUCAGUUGAUCGGGCCAACCAAGGAUCCUUAUCCCGGCACCUUUUGUCUGCCACAAGUCCCUAUGCCAGCCAACGUCUCGGUAAACGUUGGAGACAAUGCGACCAUCCAGGUCAUCGAGACCGCCGUGCACGGGGCUGCCUUGUACAACUGUGCCGACAUCACCUUUGCGGAGCCAGAAGAUGUCCCGGAAGUCAAUGCCAGCAAUUGCUUCAACUCCAGUCAAAUCACAAGCGAUCUGAUCUUCACCACGACUUCGUUGAAGGAGGACUCCGAGUCACCCGCGGUCGAAAUGUCCACAAAUCGAUACGGUUAUCUUACUACCGCUCUCGCCGUGCUCUUCGGGCUAAUAUGGCUGUGA